CACCAUCGCGCGGACAGAUCUGGGCGAGUUUGGAGCAUGAGCUCAUCAAAGGGCGGCCAGGCUGCCUGCCCACAGGUGAGGUGGGAAGAGGGAGCCAAUUGAAAGCUCAACAGGAGACUGGGACGCAAGUCAUGCCUCCAGCUGUCCUCAUCUGUCUGCAGCCGGGCAUCUUCCGUCUGUGGACAUGAUUUCUCGUUGCUGUGUCAGGAUGAGGUCGUUGGCGUUGGUUUGGCUCAGCUCGAGUCCGAGUGUGUGUAUGAAGUCGGCGACUUCCUCACCACCAUCGAGCGCAAGCCGCUCUCACUCGUGUGCCACCAGCUGCACCAGAAGACCACCGACGCCACAUACGGCAUCCUGUACCGUGACCUCACCAUCUCCAUCCUCGAACACAACUACUGGAAGAAGAUCAACCUCACAGGCACACUCAAAACACGACUGGUGGGUGGGGGGAUGGGCGGGAGGAGGGAAAGGCAUGGAUGGAUGGAUGGUUUUCUGUAUGUAUGUGUGGGUCAGAGUAAGAUCGAGACGGCGUUCAUCGACACCGACGGCAACAACAAGGAUGUGCUGCCGUCUGUAGUGGAGUGCAUCGAGGCGUCCAACGCCACACUCGUCCACAUCGGUGUGGACGACCCGAAGCGAGGGGGCUUCUCCAACGUGUCCGGCAAUGAGAAGGGCGCGGGCAGUGGGGGAGAGGGGGUGGAGGAGGGGGGUAAGGAGCCAGUGGUGUUUGAGAAGACCCAGCAGCUACACCUUACGGAUGCAGGAUACCUAGACCUAGCCGAGUAAGGGGAGAGGGGCGGGAGGGGCUGCAGAGAUGCAAAUCUUUUGGUUUGUGGUGUGUGUUGGUGUGUCGUGUUAGGGAUCGCAAGUGGGCGUUUCCGAGUCUGGAGGUGCUGAGUGUGGGCAAGGUGGGCCGCGAGCGGAUCUCCCUCCUGCCGGCCGUCACCCACAUCGUGUCAGCUUCGCCGAAGAUCACCUCCAUCACGGCCGAUGUCAUCGUCGUCAAGGAGGGGGACGAGUGGCAGGCAUUCACAAGGUAGAUGGAAGACUGGCGCGCCUCUGCUUUCGGUCUCACACACAUCUUUCCUUGCCUCUGUGUGUCUGUAUGCGCGUAUGCGCGCGUGUGUGUCGGUGUCAGUUCGCUGAGCGGCUGCCCCAAGCUCACGAGCAUCAGCGGCCUCCACCUCGUCCCGCCCGAGAACGACUACGGUGAACCUAAGUGAGCGGGGCGGAAAGACAGAUGGGAGGGAGGCAGAAACACACCGUGUCGUAUGCGUCUGUGGUGGUCCGUGUCAGUCCCGUUGAGUACAUCUACGAUCCGCUGGGCCGCCUCACCACGGCACUCGACACCAACUGGCGCACCGAUGACAUGAAAGGUAGGGGGGUGGGCAGAUUAACACCACACACAGGGAGGGACUCUUUGCUACAUGUGUCAUCUGUGCUGUGCAGGUGUGGACAAGACCAUCAUCAUUCACCAUCGCUUCUCGUUUGGCGCCGACUUCAGCCGCCAGCUGACAGACCGCAGCGGCCCCAACCACUUCGUGCUGCAGGACCUGCUCAACUGGGCGGACGAGACCAAAUGCCAAAUCGUGUGGAUGCCACGGUCGGUGAGACCUGCAGGGGGAAACGAACCGCAGACAGAGACGAGCACAUGAUCCGUGUGUGUGUGUGUGUGUUGUGCAGUGAGGACGACCGGCUUGACUAUGACAGAGACAGGCCGCCGCAGCAUGACGACAUCGUCAUUGACUGCGGCAAGGAGGCCCCGGACACAACACCUCCGGCCCCGCACGGACCUGUAGGCCAACUCAUCGCCAAUCUGACGAAAAAAUGCGACGCGGUGAGAGAGGGGUGUAAAGGGGAGGGAGGUGCAGCACACGGCCUAGAGCAAAAUGUCUGCCCUGCUCCCUUUUCCGUUCCUUCUCUCGCAGGUCAAGUUUGUGUACGGCGGUGCCCCCCUGCACGACACGUGGGGGCAGCUGCUGACAUUUCCCGCGGCCACCAAGCUCUCCAUCUACCCCCGCGACGACGACACUGCCGUCCGCCAGGUGGUGAGCAGCAUCCCCGAGUGGCUCGUGGCCAAGGACCAGAACGGCAACAGCACCCAUCUGCCAGCCAUCCAGGACCUCUACAUCGACAUGUGCGGGUAUUCCAACACCGGUGCCCACAACAACUCCUUGCCGACCGGUGCUGAGGCUGGCAGGCUCGAGCAGCUGCUGGGGGGUCUGACGGGGGUGCGUAGGGUGUGGUGUAUGGCGAAGAGCCUCCGCGCCGUGUCGCAGUGUGUGUCGUAUCUGCAUGCCCGUGAGCUGAAGAAGUUGCGGAUCCGCCUGGGCGAAGAGUCAGAUGCGCUGCCCGACUCAUCUCACGUGCCGGUGCCUAGCCUAGCCUACCCUUCUGUCAACUCGCUGCGCGUGUCGAAUAAGUAUGAGGAUAUCAGCAAGGAAUGUGCUCGGUCUGUAUUGUCUCUGCUCAUGUCCAUCAAGCCAGUUAAAGCCAGCAUCGAUCUGACGCUCAGCACAGAGUCACUCGCAGGCACGCGCCGUCGGGAUCUGUGGGGCGACGCGGACCGUGCGCGUAGCUACGCCCUUUGGGAUCUGCGGCUGGAAGCAGAGAGGAGGGUGGGGUCGGCCUACGAUGUGGUGUCGGUAAUGUGCAUGCGCAACUCGUUGCGCAUGGAGCUAGUGCGGAAGGAGGGGGGCAAGGGAGAGAAGGGCAAGAGGGGCAAGAGGGGAGGCAGCAAGGGCAAGUGAGUGAGGCGACGUGGGCGGUUGGUGCAGAUGGUGGGCAGGUCGGUAGCAUGCUUUGCGGGCGGAGGAGGAACCGACCGUCUCGCUCACUGGCAUCCGUAGAAUGGGCACAAUCGCAUGUCGCGUGCCCCCUGUUUUGUGUCUCCAUGUCUGUCUGCGUGUAUGUUUGCAUCUUAUCCCCACCCCUGUUCUAAUUCGCCUUCCUGCGUAUCUGAGAAUGGCCUACCACGGCUAUUCAGCAUGCCGCCAUUCUACUGUUGACGUGCAUGUGUGUGUGUGUGUUGUGUGUGUGUCUUUGGUGUUUGGUGUUGGGUGUGGGCAUCGGACUGACUGCAUGGGCAGGGAGGCGUUACACGUAGCUGAUGUCAUUGGAUUGAAUCUCUUU